CCAUCAUAACAAAAACACGAUAAUACGAACAUAUUGUCUUCUAAUUAUUCCUCCCUCCACCCUUUGAUUCGUUGUAUUAAUGUGACAAAACGCUCAGUCAAAAUCUUUUUAAUUUUAUUUUUCAUCCAUCGCCUUAUUGUUUUCAAUAAAAUGUUUUCGUAAAUAGUCCGCCGUGCAUCCCGGCGUCCGUCCCUAUUCUCUUUCCUCGCCGCUAUGCGACCAGGAAUCAUGUAAUUGCCAAAAACCAUUUGUCAAUAGUGAGGACACAACGACGCCAAUUGUUACUAUUUCAGUAAUCGGAAGUUCUGUUCCUAAAAUGAUCACUAUAGUAUUCAAGAGAAACACGCAAAUUACUUACUACAAUGGCACCUCUACCCAUUAGAAAAUAAAACUAAAAUUCAUUUUCAUUCAUAUUCUUCAUGGUAUUAACAGUAAAGGACCACUGGCUGUUAAGUUUAGGAAUGGCUGAUUACUUUUCAAGACUGAUUAUUAUGGGUGAACCAUUACCAGAUGUAUCGAAGCACAAAGUUAUUAUUAUUGGAGCUGGUAUAGCAGGUCUUGCAGCAGCUACACAUUUGUCACAACAUGACAUGAAUGAUUAUAUUGUGUUGGAAGCUCAAGAUCGCAUUGGUGGUCGAAUAUGUUCUACUGAAAUCAAUGAUCAAAAAGUUGAACUUGGUGCUAAUUGGAUUCAUGGUGUAUUAGGUAAUCCAAUGUAUGAGUUAGCUAUGAGCCAUGGUCUUGUAGACAUAAAUCACCGACCAAAGUUACCUAGUAUUGUUGCUACUACCAUGGAUGGAACAAAAGUCCCAUUUCAAUUAUUACAAGAAACAUAUGGAGCUUAUAUGUGUUUUUUGCGGCGGUGUGAAGAUUAUUUUACAGGCGCAUUUGAUCCACCACCUGGAAUUCAUAGUGUUGGAGAACAUGUUCAACUUGAAAUAGCAAUAUAUUUAGAAAAGAUACCAAAUGCCGAUACUCGUACAUUACAACGAUCAAUUUUUAACUGUUUGCUUAAACGAGAAACUUGCAUAACUGGAUGCAACAAUAUGUCUGAUGUUGAUUUAGUAGAAUUAGGUAGUUAUAAAGAACUGCAGGGUGGUAAUAUUUCACUACCUGGUGGAUACAGCAGUAUUUUAAAUCCUAUAUUUAAUAAGUUACCUCCUGGCUGUUUGAAAUUGAACUCUCAAGUAACCAAAAUCAAAUGGCCAUCGGGAAAUGAUAAUGGUACAGAUUCUGAAGAUUCUGAUAAGACUGUAAUUGAAGUAGAUGGUCAGGAUGUUACCAAUGAAACCGUGUACAUUCAUUGUGGUGAUAAGAUCUACGCAGCUGACAGUAUUAUAUGCACUUUGCCAUUGGGUGUACUCAAGUCCAAUGAGAUUUUCUAUCCAAAAUUACCUAAGUAUAAAGAAAAGUCCAUUGCGAGACUUUUGUAUGGUGUUGUGGACAAAAUUUUUUUGUUCUAUGACCAUUCAUUUUUGGGUAAAGACAUGGACGAAAUACUUUUAUUAUGGGAUAAUGAUGAAAUAUGUGAUUGGAGUGAAAAAAUUUACAGUUUUUCAAAAAUAAAUGACACUCUUUUGCUGGGUUGGAUAUCUGGUAAUGAAGCUGAAAUUAUGGAAAAAUUAGAUGAAAAAAUAAUUGGUGAUAAAUGUACAGAAAUAUUAAGACGAUUUUUGAAUGACCCUUAUAUUCCAUAUCCAUCUAAAUGUGUAUGUACUAGAUGGAAAACAAAUGAAUUUAGUCGUGGGUCAUACACAGCUAUUGGAGUUGGUUCUAGUCAGUUAGAUAUUGAACACAUUGCCAGGCCUAUGCACAUUAAUAAUAAUAAAAUUCCUAUUAUUACAUUUGCUGGGGAACACACACAUCCAAAUUUUUACUCAACGGUUCACGGAGCAUAUUUGUCCGGACGUGCUGCAGCCGAAAUGUUACUUGUAUGUAAACGUGAAGAUGAACCUCUAGAUGGAGCAGACACAGAUCUAAGUUCAUGGAUACAAAGCAUACCUCUAGUAUAACAUUAUUGUUAUUUAAUUUAUUAAUUUGUUUAUUCUGCAAUUGUAUUUAUUUGUUUUACCGAAUUGUGAUAUUAGGUAUUAGUUAUUAGAUAAAUAUAGAAAUAUUGCUUUUUUGACUUUGAGCGUUUAAUUUUGGGAUGAUAGAUUGUAUUUAAAA